GUUUAGAAUCUUUAAAUGGCAGAGGAAGAAUAUCAAGCAACAGCUACAGCAAUCGCUAUCACCACAAAUCUUCCAAAUUGGGCACUUUUAGAUGAAAUAUCAGUUCCAUUGCUUGAAACCGGAGUCGGAACUCUUCCACUACUUCAAGCCGCACUUCCCUCAAUUCUCUCAAUUUCCCAAAAUGAUGACAAAGUGAAAGAAAGAUAUCGAAAAGUUUUGAGGAUAGCACAACUUCAAAUUGAACAUUUAUUAAAAUCUCAGCAAGAACUUCUGAAACAUAUGGAGAAGCUGGAAUCGGAGAACAUAUCCAGAAUAUUGAAACCAAAAAAUAUGAAAAUGGAAAGAAAAACGUCCGGUGGCUCGCCGGAGAAUAAUGAUAAAUAUAAAUGCGCCGAUUGUGGGAAAAUAUUUCUGAAUGAGAAUUUCUUGACAUCUCACUUUGAAAGACGACAUCCCAAACCAAUUGGACGAUCUUCUUCGGAUUAAUUUGGACCGUUACUGGAAGAUUUAUGAGUUCUGAUGCAAUAUUAUGCAUCAGUUUUCUUUUUUCUACCAAUUGAGUAAAUACCAGUUUCUAUUGUUUUAGUCCCCAACUUAGGGUUUUCAUGACGGCAUAAAAUGCCUAUCCGCCUGCCUACGGUUACCUUUCAGGCGUAUCAGCAUUUUCAGAGUUCCACCAUGCUUGUAGGCAGGCUGAUAGGUUUUUUGUGCCUGUUACCCUUACCACACCUUCUAUCAUAUUUUUUUCUUAUCUCCUUCCCCUCUGCUUAUCAUGUUUGAAUUCCCACCUUUUUCUUUGCAUACGCAACAAUUUUAUAUUCAUUUUUCUCCGUUCCAUGUCUCAACAAAAUCGUACAAUUUGGGUCAAAUGUCGCCGUUCCGAUUCUCUGUAUUCUCUAUAUCUCUAUUUCUCAUCAUCUCUCUCUCGCUUUCGCUUUUGAUUUGAUCUUCAUUAAUUAUGCGAAUUCGUAUAAAAUUUUUAACUUU